AUGAGCGGACCUGGACGGGACAGCGAACCGGAGGCAAAAGUCCUUCUUAUCAAGCGCUUGUACAGAGCGGUGGUGGAAUCGGUGCACAAGCUGGACGUGAUCAUUGGCAGCAAGGCGUCGUACAGGGAGGUCUUCAAGCCGGAGAACAUCAGCCUGCGCAACAAACUGAGGGAGCUGUGCGUUAAACUGAUGUUUCUCCACCCUGUUGACUACGGCCGCAAGGCGGAGGAGUUGCUCUGGAGAAAGGUUUACUACGAAGUCAUCCAGGUCAUCAAGACCAACAAGAAGCACAUCCACAGCCGCAGCGUCCUGGAGUGCGCCUACCGCACGCACCUGAUCGCCGGCGUGGGCUUCUACCAGCACCUGCUGCUCUACAUCCAGUCGCAUUACCAGCUGGAGCUGCAGGACUGCAUCGACUGGACGCACGUCACCGACCCGCUCAUCGGUCGGAAGAAGGCGGUGUCUGCCUCCCCCAAGGAAAUGGAGUGCGCGCAGAUGGCCUGUCACCGCUGCCUGGUUUACCUCGGCGAUCUCGCUCGCUACCAGAACGAGCUGGCCGGCGUAGAAGCGGAGAAUCUGGCCGAGAGGUUCUAUCACCAGGCGCUCUCUGUCAUGCCGCACGUGGGGAUGCCUUUUAACCAGCUGGGGACACUAGCCGGAAGCAAGUUCUACAACGUGGAGGCAACCUACUACUACCUACGCUGCAUUCAAUCGGAGAGUCCCUUCGAGGGCGCCUACGGCAACCUGAAGCGCCUCUUCGACAAAGCGGCCAAGAUGUACCAGCAGGUGAAGAAGCAGGAGAUGAAGAAGCUGUCGCCGUCGCGCCAGAGAUCUCGAGACAUCAAGCGUCUCCUGGUGAGCUUCAUGUACCUGCAGAGUCUUCUGCAGCCCAAGAACAGCCUGAUGGAGUCUGAGGUGACCUCGCUAUGCCAGUCGGUGCUGGAGGACUUCAACCUGGUGCUCUUUUACCUCCCGUCGUCGUCACCGCCGCUCGGGGAGGAGGACGACGAGCAGCAGCAGCAGCAACAUGCCGCCGACGGCUGCGCCGCGCUGCCCGACGCGCUGGUCUUCAAGAUGGCGGUGACCUGCUUGAUGGCUGUGCACGGCCUCAAGAGAGGAGGGUCCAAGCAGUACAGCGCCUCCAUCGCCUUCACGCUGGCGCUCUUCUCCCAUCUGGUGAACCACGUCAACAUCCGGCUGCAGGCCGAGCUGGAGGAGGCCGAAAGCCCGGGCCCGUCCGUCCCCGACGUCGCAGUGGCUGCCACUGACGAUGACGAGCCGGACGAUGACGAGCGUCCCCUGCAGAACGGCUCGCUGGAGCGAGGGGACGAAGAGGAGGAAAACGGCGGCGCCAAAAAGAAGGACGACGAGGACAAGCCCAAGCAACAGAAGAAAAAGUACACCCGUUUGUCCCGCCUGCGACGACGGCGCAAAGACCGGGGCGGCGAGGACGAGAGCGACCUGAGCGAAGGCUUCGAGAGCGAAGACGACGAUGAGGACGAGGAGGAAGACGAGGCCCGGCCGGCUUUAGAGGAGUGCGUUCGCCCCUCGCCCGCCGCGCCGCCUGACCCGCGCGCCCUCCGCAAGGAAUGGGGGAGUGGCUCCGAGGAAGAGGAGGACGGCGGCACGGCUUUCGACGCCGAGACCGACUCGGACAUGAACAGCCAAGAGUCCCGCUCGGACCUGGAAGACAUGGAGGAGGCGGAGGGCCGCCGACGGCGGGAUCCGCCCGCCCGGGAGGAGGAGGAGGGCGAGCGGACGCCCCCCGGCGCCAACGGGGACGCCAGCAUCAGCAGCAACCUCCAGGCCAUGUCCUCGCAACUCUUCCAGGCCAAGCGCUGCUUCCGCCUGGCGCCCACCUUCAGCAACAUGCUGCCCAGGCCUCAAGACGGCGCUCGGCACCCUACCGCGGCCGCCGCAACUAUCGAGCCUCUCACUGCCGCCGCCGACAACGACCGGCCACCCUGCAACGUCGAUGGAAGCGCCCCCAACGGUACCAAUGAGAACGAAACGGAGUCUGACUCGGAGGGCAGCCGGCGCGACGCUCCGUCGCCACCGCCGCCGCAGAGCGAGAAGACGCUCCCGGAGAAGCUGGAGAUCCUGAGCCGCCAGGGCUUAAUCCGGGUGGUCAAGGUCUUCGCCGACUGGCUGGGCACUAACGCUGACAUCGUCCUGGCGUGCGCGCAGAGUUCCCAGAGCCUGUGGAACCGCCUAUCGGUGCUCCUUAACCUCCUGCCGGACGGGAAGAAGAUGCUGGAAGCGGCCGGCCAGUCCCGCGGCUCGGCCGACCCGGAGCUGACGCGGCUGCUGAUGGGCGAGUGCGAGCGCGAGCAAGAACGCGAGCGGCCCGCCCGGGUCCAGACGCUGCCGCUGCCCGAGGACGUAGCGCUGCGGCAUCUGCCCGCCCUGGCCGCCGCUCACCGCCGCCUGGACUUUGCCCGCCGCGCCGCCUCCCUCAGCCCGCUGCAAGAGUGUGUGGUGCGCGUGUGUUGCAUUCGCAGUUUUGGCCACUUCCUCACCAGUCUCCAGUGCAACGUGCUGCACUUCAACUCUGAGGCGGGCAUCUUCACCAGCGUCAGCCAGUCGCAGCCGGACAACCUGAUGCAGCAGGCCAAGGCCCAGUUCCGAAUGGCUGAAGAGGAGGCGCGUCGAAAUCGCUUGAUGCGUGACAUGGCUCAGCUUCGUCUCCAGCUGGAGGUGUCGCAGCUAGAGGGCAGCCUUCAGCACCCCAAGGCGCAGUCGGCCAUGUCGCCCUACCUGGUGCCCGACGACGCCGCCCUCUGCCAGCACUUGGGCGUCAUCCGACACCUGGUGGCUAGUGGCUGCUUCAUCAUCAUCAUCCCCAGAACAGUAAUCGACGGACUGGACCGACUGAAGAAGGAAAACGCCGGCGCGCGUGACGGCAUCCGCUUCCUGGAGUCAGAGUUUCGGAAAGGCAACAGGUACAUCCGCAGCCACAAGGAGACGGGCCGAAGUUUCGAAAGGGAUAAGCUAAAACGUCAGGACCUGGACGCCUGGCACCUGUACAAGAUGGUGGACAGCUGCCGCCAGCUGACCGUCUCCCAAAGCAAUGACGACGACACGGCCGGCAUGGUCACGCUCCUCACCGGGCACCCGCUGGACGACUUGUGCGGACGUUCCGCCGCCAUGAAGUCAGCCAUGCAGGCGGUGAGCUCGGCGGGCAUGGAACUGAAAAACGUGGCGGACUUCUACCGUCAAUGGAAGGAAAUGGGCUGA